AGUCCUUGGCGCACGGGGAGCCCAAACGUGUUCUCUGGGGACACCGUGAGCCGUCUUUUUCUCUCCCGAGAUAGAGGGCUCGCAACUGCUUAUCCUUUUCCCCAGGGACCUGUGUCCUGCAUGGCAGGACCCGGGUGGUAAAGGCUCAUGCCCCCAUUUUACAGCUUAUCCACCUCAACACUCAAACUUGCCCUCAAAGAGGAAGGAAUGUUCACUAUUUUCCUCAUAGUCUGAUUCCAGAUUUCUUCUCCUGGAAAGUCUGAUUUUUGACCAGAUGGCUGUAACAUUUGAAGAUGUGACUGUCAUUUUUACUUGGGAGGAGUGGAAAUUCCUGGAUUCUUCUCAAAGAAAGCUCUACAGAGAAGUCAUGUGGGAGAACUACACAAAUGUCACGUCAGUAGAAAACUGGAAAGAGAGCUACCAAACCGAAGCAGGAUUUGGAUAUCUACAACAUGAAAAUCUUUCCUGCUGGCAAGCUUGGAGGAAUGCUGACAGUCAGAUAUAUGAGAAUCAAAACUAUAUGGAAACCAUUCUAGAAAAAGAUUCCAAAGACCUAAAGCAGCAAGAACUUUCCCAUCGUCAAGAAUGGUUAAUACUCUCCACACAAAUGCCGGAGUAUGGGAACUAUGAACUGACUUUUGAAAGCAAAAAUUCCAGGAACUUAAAAUAUACAAAGUUUACACCUGGGCAGUCUUUAGAAACAAAACAUACUCAAGACUCUGGUAGAGAAAUCUAUGUAAAUGAUUUACAUGAUUUUCAAGGAAGCAGAUACCAUCUUGAUAUAGCCAGGAAAAAUCUCUCCAUAGGAAAAGAAAAGAAGCCCAGAGUUCAGCAUUCCCAUGUCCCAAAAGAAGAAGCCCUUCCAGAGUACAUUGGGGAGAUACAUCAAGAUGAUCUCCUGAAACACUCUAUGGAAGAGAAAUGCUGUGGGUGUAGUAAAUGUAAAGAAACUUAUUUUUGGAAUUCACAGUGUCUUUUCCACAAAACAAAUGAAUUUGGAGAAAAGUUCUAUCAAUGCUCCAUCAGUGCAGCAUGCUUCUCUCAGAGACCAGACCUAUGUAGACACCCAAGAAUCCACAUAGGUAAGAAACUAUAUGAAUGUGAAGUUGGUGAUAAUUUUAGUCAAAGCUUAGGUGUUCACUUUCAUCAGAGAGUUCACACAGCAAAAGUACCUUUUAUAUGUAACAUGUGUGGUAAGAACUUCAGUCAGAUCUCAAAUCUUCACAAUCAUCAAAGAGUCCAUACAGAAGAGAAACUCUAUAAAUUUCAGUGUGAUAAAGACCUCAGUAGAAAUUCCUUACUUCAUAUUCACCAGAGACUUCACUUAGGAGAGAAACCUUUUAAGUGCGAUCAGUGUGGUAAGAGUUUUAGUCGGAGUUCAGUACUUCAUGUUCACCAGAGAGUCCACACAGGAGAGAAGCCAUAUAAGUGUGAUUUGUGUGGUAAGGGCUUCAGUCAGAGCUCAAAUCUUCGAAUUCAUCAUUUAGUUCAUACAGGAGAGAAGUCUUACAAAUGUGAAGACUGUGGUAAGGGCUUUACCCAGCGCUCAAAUCUUCAAAUUCAUCAGAGAGUGCAUACAGGAGAGAAGCCUUAUAAAUGUGAUGACUGUGGAAAGGACUUUAGUCACAGCUCAGAUCUUCGCAUUCAUCAGAGGGUCCAUACAGGAGAGAAACCCUAUACUUGUCAUGAAUGUGGGAAAGGCUUCAGCAAGAGUUCAAAGCUUCACACUCAUGAGAGAGUACAUACUGGAGAGAAACCCUAUAAAUGUGAACAAUGUGGUAAGGGAUUCAGUCAGCGUUCACAUCUUCUCAUUCACCAGAGAGUCCAUACAGGAGAAAAACCUUAUAAAUGUGAUGAUUGUGGAAAGGGAUUUAGUCACAGCUCUAAUCUUCACAUUCAUCAGAGGGUCCAUACAGGAGAGAAGCCUUAUCGAUGUGCAAAGUGUGGUAAGGGUUUCAGUCAUAGUUCAGCUCUUCGAAUUCAUCAACGAGUCCACACAGGAGAGAAACCUCGUAAAUGCCAUGAGUAUUAUAAGGGAUUUGAUCAGAAUUCACAUCUUCAUAAUAGUCACAGAAGAGAAACCUUAUAAUUCUAUUAACAGCUUUCAUUAAUCUUAACCAUAACCUGAAUUCCAAUAAAUGAUGUUUGGAAGAAAUUCUAUUAACAACCUAAGUAGCCCCAAGCAACGUUUUACAGUUUCUCCCUAACUCCCACUAAGAAUCCUGUUCCUCAAGAGGAGCUCCUUAGGAUUCCUAUAUAUUUAAAAUUAAAGUGUAUUUUCUUUUUCUACUAAAAUAUCAUUAUAAAAUUUAUACAGGAUUUAAGGAGGGAACUCUUUAUCCUGUUUCAAUCUAUUCUUUGUGUGUGCAUGAAAUCAUACUAUAUGUUUAACUUUGUAUUUUUACUGACUUCAAAUUUUGGUCUGAAUUGAAAUUGGGUAACUAUGAAACAACAUCUCUAGAAAGCCACAGGGGGAAAAAAAAAAAAAAGGAACCAAGAUUGAAACUCAAACUGGUAGAUAAAUUAUUGCUCAAAUGUUGGAGAAUUACCUUUUGAGCAAGUAGAAUUCAAUUACUUAUGAUAAAAGAUAGGAAAAUAUUGAAUAACCAUGUAUCUGAGAUAGGAUGGCUUAGAGAUGUUAUCUCCCAACCAGAAAACUCAGGGACCAUCCUUUUGUUGCAGGCGUACUACACUUCAUGUGACCAUUAUGCACUUACCCUCUCCCACUUUUCCACAUUUGUUCAUGGAUUCAGACACCAAGUAACAAGAAGUACAAAAUCUACUUUUUCUCCAUAAGAUGUAAAAGAUGUGGACAAAAGUUAAUAAGGGUAAAUGCUAGAAACUGAAAAUACUCCAUUUGUUUAUAAUUAGAAAUCCAAGCAGACAUUGAUCUAAUUGCUGUAGAGUGUUUCUGUCUGCUAGAAACAAAAUUGAAACUCAGAGCCAUGUGCAAAAAAUGCACUCACAAGAUUAUUAUGUAAGGAGAAUUUGGCCAUUAUAAAAAUGGAAUAGAGUCAACAGGAAUAAACAAGUCUUAACUACUGAUAUACAAAUAUGUUUAGGUAUCUCUUACCAAGAAAAUAAGUUUGUAUUUGUUUAAGGAAAUAAGAGGAAUUUGUGAUACCAAACAAAGGGAUAUCAUUGUAAAGACUUAGAUCUAUACCUCUGAAAAUUAGCUAUUUGUUUCCUGAAAAAAUUAAAAAAAAUUGGUGUCCUCAAUAGCAUAACAGAAAGCUUGAAAUCAAUAGAACUAGAGUAGAAGUCUAUAAGUAGAGUCUCUAAGAUAAAAAAAAAAUGUAAUGAAGAGGGGAUGACAGGAAAAUUUUAAAUGCACUAUCAAAGUAAGACAGUAAGGAGUAGAAUUGGUAAUGCAGAAUAUCAAAUACUAUAAUACACUUGAGAUGACUUUAUUAAGGAUAAUAAGGUGAAAACAAUAAAACAAGACAUAUAAGGUACAGAGAAUGGAAAUUCAUAAAAGAAAAUACUUGGAAUAGAAUCAAUGAUCAGAAAAAUUAAGACUUUUUUUCCUGAGCUAAAAGUGUAUGCCCACUAGAUUUUAGACAAGCCCAUAAUAAAAACAAUGCUUAGAAACAGCAUAGGGAAAAAAGAACAAUUGAAAGCAUGCUGAAAGAAAAAUUCUGGUUAUCUACAAGAUCUAAAAGACAAAGGAUAAAGAGGUUUGCAACCUGAGUGUUAAAGGAACAACACCUUCACAAUUUUGAGAUUAAAAAACCCUAUCAAGUAGAUUAUCUACUAUAUGUGCAGAUAACAAGGUAGAUAAACAAAGCAUAUACAUGUGCCUUUCAUAAAGAGAACUUAAAAUGUGGAAGCCAAGGCAUAAAAAGACUAGUGAAGAACACUAAAGGCAGUUAAGUAGGCAGUGAAGUAAACUUUAUAAAAGUUAAAAUAUUUUAAAUAGUUGUACAGGAAAAUAAUAUACAAAUGCUAAAUAAUAAAGAUUAUAUAUAUAAUAUAUAUAUAAAAUCUGGAUGGGGGAGUGAUCCAAUAAGAUGCAGAAUAGCCAAUUAAGUUUAAUUUCAUAUAAACUAUAUUUUUAGUAAUAAAAAUGUCUCAAAUAUUGCAUGGGACUUACAUUAAUUUGUUAUGAAUUUCAAAUUUAUCUAGGCAUUCUGUUGCCUGAAAGUUAGAGAGUAUGGAUGAAAGUGGGAAAAUGCUAAAUUUAUUUAAAUAGGUUAAAUCCCCCUUUAAGAAAAUUUAAAAACUUAUUUAUAUGCUAUUACUAAUGAAAAGAUUGAAACAAAGUAAUGAUUAUAAUAUAGGUGAAGGUUUAUUAGGCAGUCAUAAAGAAGUGCUUAUAUUUCUAAAAUUUUAAAUGAACUAAUUUUGCACACUAAGGUAGGAAGAAAUGAAAAAUAUAAUAGUUUCCUGAACUCUUGCAAUAAGAUGAUAAUGGAUAGGGAAAAAAGGUUUAGAAAAAGGGACAAAUAAAAAUGUAGAAUGAAAAUAAUGAAAAACAUUUAAUUGAAUACAAUAAAAAUAGAAAAAUCUUAAGGUAUUUUUAGAGGAAGUUCCUAAAUUAUAGCUUUAAAUUUUUUGAUUUUUUUUAAAAAUCAAAAUCCUUAUGAGAUUUGAAAUUUAAAAAGAUCUAAAGUUCUUGAAGAACAGACAUUGGAAAAGAAAAAGAUUAAUGAGAUUGCUCCAAAAUUAUGAAGUUAAAGUAAUGGAGAAUUUGAUUAUAUAUUUGAAAAAAAAAGUUCACAAUAAUUAUCCACUAAAUAGUUGAGACCUGUAUAUGGAUUGCCUAUGCAUAAAUAUUCAUACAUAUGCUUAUAUACUUCACAUGAUAAAACUCUAUGAAUGAAAAGAUCAUUCAGUAAAUGUUGCUUAAUUAGCUUGUGAAAAAUUAGACUUUUAUCUCAUGACUACAUAUGUAUGUAUGUGAUAUAUUGAUUAUAAAGCACAAGUCUUCAAGCCGUGUUCCAUGAACUUCCAUACGGUUUCAUGAAGACUGGUGUGCAUCAAAAACAAAACCACCACAAAUUUAACCCCACUUUUAUCUGAUUCAUAAUAUUAGCAAAAGAUUUCAUUUCAAAGAAACCCAAAGUUCUACCCCUUUGAACAUGUUUAAAAUACACUAGCGUUGGUUUUUAAUAUGGUUGAAAACAUGCAUUUUUGAGUCAGAUGAGAGUUCAGAAAAAAAAUACCCAAGAAUUUGUAUACAUAAACGUUGCGUUCAGAAUAGGAAAAAUACUUGUCAUAAUGAGUUAUGAACUUUUAUAAAAUCAACAAGAUGGACACCUAGUAAAAAAAUUGGCAGAGGACAUCAAUAGAACAAAGCUAUGAAAUACCACUUUAUUAUCAAAAAUAAUAGCUAUUUUCAGUGAGAGUAUAGAGUGAUGGAUACUUGUACACUAUGUUGAUGGUAAACUCACUUUCUGAAAUUUAUUUGACCAAUCAUGAGCCUUAAAAUUGAUACUCUUUCUUAUAUUUAGGACUCUCUCUCUCUCUCCCUCUCGUCUCCAAGGGCAGAAACCUCAAUAUAGGAACUUGCUGUAGAAAGCCAUUAGACAUUGAGGCUACUCUUUCAAGAGUGUAUUUCUUUCUCUUUGGAUAUCCACUUUUCUCCCUGCAGACUAACCUUCCUGUCUACUCAUUCUAUCCGCACUUAAAAUUGUCACAUCUCUGAAUACAAUGUUGUUUUUCUUUUUCCAAAUUCCAUAGCCCACAACUAACUUGUAAUUUCCUGCUGGGUCUCUAUUCAGAUUUCUGAGUGGGGGAAGAAAAUUAGCUAUCUUUAUUAUUACUGCCUCUGGACAAGCCUGAGACCAGGGUAAACUAUAAGCUACUCAAAAGUAUUUAGAUUGGUUAGUUUUGCAUCAGAUAUUUGCUCUGAUUCCUUCCUGGGGCCAGGGUGAGGUGAUAUGGCAUGUAACAUUGUCAUUAUGGUCUGAUCUUCAGGUAGUUUUCUUCAGAAAUUGGUGGGUUUGGACCAAGUGUUCUAAAAUAUAACACACAAAGAUAAAUGUUUAUGAUAUUAUUGCAGUUUUCUUAAUGCUGCCCUACCUCCAAAAUAGGGAAGUCAAAUACAUUGUGAUGCAUCUAUAGGUUGGAAUGUUGUACAGUCAUUAAAACAUGUAUUUUCAAACAAUAUUGCUAUAAGAAUAUACUUAUGGUGUUAAGUGAGGAAUACAAGAUACAGAACUGUAUAUGGGGGUAUGAUUCUUUAUAUUUAUAUAUAUAUUUCCAUGGGGAAAAUAUUGGACACAAACAAAAUUGAAUAUAUACAAAAUGUUAGUGGGUUUCUGUGAUAGGAUGGAUUGUGGUUAUCUUUAUGUUCAUACUUUUCAUGUAUUUUUUAUAUUUUUAUUGGUGUUUUAUUUUCAUAAACAAUAAAAAUCA